CUAUAUAAAUCUGACUACUUCAAUCAAAGACAAAACACAAAUAUCUAGUCUAGUAUACACUAUGGCGCGGUCCGUUGGGACACUGGUUGUUGGCGGAGUGAUCGGAGAUGUGCUCGACAUGUUCACUCCGGCAUCGGAGUUCACUGUCCAGUUCGGCAACAAGCAAGUAACUAAUGGCUGUGACAUCAAGCCAUCUGUAGCUGCUGAUAAACCUCAUGUCCAAAUUCUUGGCCAUCCAUUCUCUUCCAACUUGUACACUCUCGUUAUGGUUGACCCGGAUGCCCCAAGUCCAAGCGAACCUCGAUGGAGAGAGUGGCUUCAUUGGCUUGUUGUAGAUAUUCCUGAGGGACAUGAUGCUACCAAAGGAAGUGAGUUGGUGGCUUACAUGGGACCACAACCUCCUACAGGGAUUCACCGCUAUAUUUUGGCAGUCUUUAAGCAGGAAGAAACCAUGGAAGGAAGGAUUCAAGUGGCAGAUGUGCGUGCCAACUUCAGCACUCGCCGAUUUGCUGCUCAAAAUAGGCUGGGGCUUCCAGUUGCUGCAGUGUAUUUCAAUUCACAGAAGGAAUCAUCAGUGAAGAAACGUUAGCUCUUAACUUACAGUCUAUUGGGUAGAUCUUGUGAUACAUUCUUUUAAAGGUUACAUAAUAGAAGGCUGUUGUCUGUUUGUGUGUAUGUAUGUAUGUAUGUAUGUAAUUUUAUUCAUUUUGUUUGAAUUUGAUUGAUGUGGGAAUAAUAAAAAAGUGAAUUUUUUGUUU